CGUCGAUUCACCUUUCGGCGCCCAUGCACUCCCUCUCAGGUUUCUUUUAGUCCGUCUCUUUCUCUCUCAAUUUAUAACUCGACUGCGCUGCCCUUCUCGGUCUCUUGUAUCUUUACGCCCCAACGCUUCGUCGCCUGCGCCCCCAGCACACGUCUUAUCGAGCACGCAUCAUGCACACCGCGCCUUCCCCCUUCUCAAUACGCGCCCCGGCCCCUAAACGCGUCCGCCCUUCGCCAACGCGCUUGCCAUUCGAAAGCAAGCCAUCGGCUAUCGCCCCUCCCGUGGUUGGCCUCGAGGGGGUGAGUACGCGCAUUAGUCUGGCAUCGCCCAUGUAUCUCACCACGCGAUCUGGGUCACAGUCGAUCUCUCGAUGCUCAAUAUCUCGGGACGCGCCAUCAUGCUUGAUGUCUCCAUUUCGCGUUUCUGAACGCCGAAUGAGGCCACCCUGCCCUAGUUCUCCCACUCCCCAGUGUACCAGCACCAGGAGACGGAGGAGUGCCUACGCUACGCGCUCGACUGGUCGUUCUCGACACUGCAGACUCGCAGACUGCAGUAUUAUUUGCAGCGGCCCUGCGACCUUUGACAGGAUCCCGUGGAUCUCCAUGUUGCAGGCUGAACCAGAGGAUGAUCGCAUUAUCCCACUGAGUCUAUCAGACCUCGCUACUCGAUGUGAAGAAAAGAAUGACUCUUUUGCGACUGGACCUGGUCCGAUUCGCAGCCGCAAAUCUUCUAUGCGCUCAGCGCCUUUUCCUGCCGAUCUUGCUCAACUCGCCACCCCGGAGCUCGUACCGUCCACUUCGUCUGACUCCCCUUUAACGGAGCUUCCCUUCUUGCAUGAUAGUCCACUUCCGACGGACGAUGAUGUGCUCAGAACGCCGCCCUUGCGUGCAUCUGUGCUUCCCGUCGACGCCGGCUUCCACCGCUUGAUGCCUCUCGCAUUUGCAGACGUACACGCUGAGGAAACCCGGUGGCAGCGAGAGCCUGCAUCCCCCUGAAGUGGGAUGCCUCUCCUUUCACUCGCACCCCUUCUUUCAGCUGUACAUAUUGGAUUCUUCUCGGCUCACCAUCGAUCUCACGACACUCAAGUUAUUCUUUGCAAGAGCAUUUGCUUAACGUAUUCUCCAGCAACCCACCAUUGGCAUUUCCACCAUUGCUCCCCUUUCAUCAAUUGCUGAAACGACGACUCACGCGCCUUAUCUCAGACUUCAUCUGGCGUCUUAUUCUUUCUUCUUCGGACCGAAAUCUGCGGACUCUAUCCAUUCGUGUACAACUCGUGCGAUUUAAGUCUCAUCUUUCGGGCUUUCUACCGAAAAUGGCCCGCCUCGUGUUUACUUUGAUUUACUUUCCAUUGUCACGUCAUUCCCUUUUGGAAUCCAAGCGUUUUUCUUCCGUCAACGUCGUCGAUUCCGACGUUACUUUAUUUUUUACUCAGUGUUUUUUCCAGGCGAGCCUUCCAAAUGUGCUAACACUCCUUGCUUUUUCAUUUGUCCUGUAAACCCCUGCAUCUAUUCACCGGUUUUGUGUUGCUUCUCAUUUGAUUCCUUCGUGUCCUUUUCCACGACGAUAUCUCACUUUUACUGUGCGAAUUCCAAAGAUCUGUACCUGAAUAUCUCUCUAUCUUUUCCCGCGAUUAGUCUAUUGCAUUAGCACAUAGUCUUCCUGUUGUAGUGCCUUGUUGCAAAUCCCAUUAUCA